UCUAGCUUCCCCCAAAGUGAAGAACAGAACACUUAACCACUUACCAGUUACCACCCCCCAAAACACACACACAUACACAAACACACACUGUCCUUUCUCCUUUGCUCUUUCUACACUCAAAUUCCCCAACUUUUUCAUCUUUUCCACCUUAAUUUUCACUCAAAUUCAUCAUUCUACACUAAUGCAACCUGUUUUGCCACUUACUGUAGAUCCAUAAAGACUCCAUUGUGGGUUUUGUUUGAUUCUUUUCUUGGAUCAAUGGUUUGUGUGUGAUUUGAAGGGGGUGUUGCAGAUCUUUUCAUACUGAUUUGGUGAUCAGUGGAUCAAUCAGGAGAUGACGACGACGACGACGAUGAUGAUAAAUGUUGAACAUAUGUUCAUGCUUUUGGUUCUGUUUGGUUCCUUGAUUUUUGCAAAAUCCGAGGUUUAUAUCGUGACGGUUGAAGGAGAGCCAGUGAUAAGUUAUAGGGGUGGCGUUGACGGUUUUGAAGCCACUGCUGUUGAUACUGAUCAGAAACUUGAUGUCACUAGUGAUUCGGUUGCGUCAUACUCUCAACACCUUGAAACGAGGCACGAUGCGCUUCUUGAAUCACUAUUUAAAGAUGAAACGUACACGAAAGUAUACAGCUACAAGCAUCUUAUCAACGGGUUUGCGGUCCACAUGUCUCCUGAACAGGCAGAAACGCUUAGGCGAGCCCCCGGUGUGAAGUCAGUUGACAGAGAUUGGAAAGUGAGGAAACUCACAACACACACACCACAGUUUCUAGGACUUCCAACCGGCGUGUGGCCCACGGGUGGCGGGUUUGAUCGAGCCGGAGAGGAUAUCGUGAUCGGGUUUGUAGAUUCCGGUAUCUUCCCACACCAUCCGAGCUUUCAAAACACCAUAACCGAGCCUUACGAACCGCUUUCAAGAUAUAGAGGGAAAUGUGAAAAUGAUCCCGAGACGAAGAGGAGUUUUUGUAACGGAAAGAUCGUCGGGGCUCAACAUUUUGCAAAAGCCGCUACGGUUUCGGGUGCGUUUAAUCCCGAGAUUGAUUUUGCUUCUCCUUUGGAUGGUGAUGGCCAUGGAAGUCAUACCGCUGCGAUCGCUGCGGGAAACAAUGGGGUUCCUGUACGUGUGCACGGGUAUGAAUAUGGACGAGCAAGUGGAAUGGCGCCUCGUGCAAGGAUUGCGGUGUACAAGGCUCUCUACAGGCUCUUUGGAGGCUUUGUUGCGGAUGUAGUUGCAGCCAUCGAACAGGCGGUUCAUGACGGUGUCGACAUUCUGAACCUCUCGGUUGGGCCCAACAGCCCUCCGGCCACCACAAGGACUACUUUUCUGAACCCGUUCGAUGCAGCACUUUUAUCAGCUGUAAAAGCCGGAGUUUUUGUUGCACAAGCAGCCGGAAACGGUGGCCCGUUUGCCAAAACGAUGGUGUCUUACAGUCCAUGGAUUGCGUCUGUAGCUGCUGCGGUUGAUGACCGACGAUAUAAGAACCAUUUAACGCUCGGAAACGGGAAGAUCCUAGCUGGCAUCGGCAUGUCACCUGCUACGCGUAUGGAUCAAAAGUAUACACUUGUGGCAGCCAAUGAUGUUUUGUUGGAUUCUUCCGGAAAGUCAACAACGGCAGAUUGUCAAAGACCCGAAGUUUUAAACAAAAAUCUAGUGAAAGGGAACAUACUUCUUUGCGGGUAUUCGUUUAACUUUGUGAUCGGGACCGCAUCGAUGGCUAAGGUUGCCAAUACCGCCAAGGCUCUUGGUGCGGUCGGGUUCGUUCUUGCUGUCGAAAACGCCUCACCGGGAACGAAAUUUGAUCCCGUACCCGUUGGCAUGCCCGGAAUUCUCAUCACUGAUGUCAGCAAGUCUUCGGAGCUUAUCGAUUAUUACAAUGUCUCAACUACACGGGACUGGACCGGGCGAGUGAAGAGUUUUAAAGCAGUCGGGUCCAUUGGAAACGGGCUGGAGCCAGUCCUUCACAAAUCAGCACCGAUGGUGGCAUUGUUCUCGGCCCGGGGCCCAAAUAUAAAAGACUACAGCUUUCGAGAUGCGGAUCUUUUGAAACCCGACAUUCUAGCACCUGGUUCUUUGAUUUGGGCUUCAUGGUCCCCCAAUGGAACCGAUGAGGCUAAUUACAUAGGAGAGCACUUUGCGAUGAUCUCUGGAACUAGCAUGGCUGCACCGCACAUAGCCGGGAUUGCGGCACUUGUGAAGCAGAAGCACCCUCGGUGGAGCCCGGCUGCCAUCAAAUCAGCCUUGAUGACGACAACAAAUACACUUGAUAGAGGGGCAAGACCGAUCCUGGCCCAACAAUAUUCGGGUUCUGAAUCCAUAACGUUUGUCCAGGCCACACCGUUUGAUUAUGGCAGUGGUCAUGUUAACCCCCGAGCCGCUUUGGAUCCGGGCCUCAUUUUCGAUGCAGGGUAUGAAGAUUAUAUCGGGUUCUUGUGCACCACACCCGGGCUCGACUCACACGAAAUAAGGAACUACACACACCUACCAUGCAACUACACACUUGGACAUCCAUACAAUCUGAACUCACCAUCGAUCACGGUAUCCCAUCUCGUACGAACCCAAACCGUGACCCGAACCGUCACAAAUGUCGACGAAGAAGAAACCUACAAGAUCAUAGCUAGAAUGUCACCAGCCGUAGCCAUUGAAACGAGCCCACAAGUCAUGACACUUAAACCAGGUGAAUCUCGUAAGUUCACCGUGGCUCUAACCGUACGGUCUGUCACCGGGACCUACAGCUUUGGAGAGGUUUUGUUAAAAGGAAACCGCGGGCACAAGGUUCGAAUCCCGGUUGUAGCCAUGGGUUAUGACCGGUAGGUUUGCGUUUGAUCAAUUGUUUGUAAAAGUGUUGGGUAAUAAGACUUAGAAAAUGGUAGUUGUAAAGAGUAUUAAGUUUUGAUGGUAUGGGGCUUUGAUUGUACUGUAUGCUUCUUCCGUUGUACACCAUCAGGGGUAAAAGCGUAAAAAAGAAUGUUUGGAUGCGAACGGGCUGGUGUACCGAGUUUGAAGCCACCGAGUAUUGCUUAGGACUCGAGUCAAGCCAGCAAAUUUUCCCGGUGAGCUCGAGUUAGCUUGGCUCGGUGUAGUGUUGUUUUGUUUUGUUUUCAUAUAAUAUGUUUAUUUAGAGAUAUAAUUUUUAGAAUUAAUGAGGUAAUGUUGUAAUGAUUUGUAUUCUAUGUAGUAGAGUUUAUAUAAUUUAUCUUAAUAUCAUUUGUGCUUUUGGAAA